AUGAUCAACAGAACCUCCGAACCAUCGUAUAUCAGCGAUCUCGAGCCCCCAAGAAAAAAGCUCAGAGUUCGAAAAGGCACAAAGAGCUGCUGGGAGUGCAAGCGCAGGAAGGUACGAUGCAUAUUUUCGGUAGAAACAAACUCUGUUUGUGAUGCAUGUGAACGACGACGGUCAACAUGCCUCAGCCAGGAGUUUCCUGAUGUUGUUACACAGCACAUCAAUGGCGACACUGAGGGCCGUCUCGGUCGAGUCGAGUCUCUGGUUGAGAACCUGGCCAGAAAGAUCGACUCCCUGAAUAGUGCUCAGAGGGAUACCGAGGACAGAACACCGGACCUUCAACAGCCACCACUUCCCAGCAAUCCGGAGUCUGAAGACAAUCGGCAGACAGCAGAGCUCAGAAGAAUCGCAACUGAACUUCUGGAGGCAUGGCCUGACAAGAGUGUCUUGGAUCAGAUAUCGGAGCUUCCUCUCCAAACCUCGUUCAUGGAGCUCCUGUUCAAAGUCGGUGGCAUCUUGUCACCUAACCCCUCAGCGUCGAGCAAGCCGUCGUUGGUGGAUACAAUGCAAAAGCCGCCUCCUGGAGCACAUCCGGUUCUAAUAGCUCGCAAGGCUGUACUUCUGGGUCUGCUUCUCCAAGAUGUACCAGCAUCCUGCGUCAAACCGUUGGAAAACCACGCCAUUGGAUACCGCGAUGUAAUGUCUCGAGCGGUGGAGAGAACCAUCAGCAUGGUGACAAGUAACGAUCAGCUCACUGACUCAAUAGAGGGCAUCGAGUGCAUCAUGAUGGAAAGUAUGUAUCACGACAGAGCUGGAAAUCUACGAAGAUCAUGGAGUACAACUCGCCGGGCCAUGACGAUGGCACAGUUGAUGGGACUUCACCGCGGCAAACAAGCGAAAACAUGCCUCAACACAUUGUCAUCCAACACAGAGGCCAAUAUCGAUCCUGAGUACCUUUGGUCCCGAAUAGUGCAAUCCGACCGCUACCUCUCGCUCGUGCUUGGACUUCCACAGGGCUCAUCUGACAACUCUUUCGCAACACCAAAAGUGUUGGAGAAAUGCACCCCAGCCGAGCAAUUGCGGAGGCUUCACUGCGUUGCCGCCGGAUACAUCCUACAGAGAAACGACAUCAACGAUAUCUCCGCAACGCGGGAGAUUGACGACCUGCUCCAAAAAGCAUCAGCUUUUAUGCCACCUCGGUGGUGGCUUACCCCUGACUUUGCGCCUCGCACUGCCGAGGACGAUCUUGAGGCUCCGGACAAGACGCUUCGUCUCAUGAGCCAGGCAGUUCACUACCACCUCCUGGCACAGCUUCAUCUUCCCUAUUUGCUUAGACCCGCCUCCGACCUGAGCUGUAACUACAGCAGGAUUACUGCCGUUACCGCAAGCCGAGAAGUCAUCACACGCUUCCUGACUUUUCGCAAAGGUAAUCCAGUCAGCUCGUAUUGCCAUGGAAUCGAUUUUCUGGCUUUCAUUGCCAGCACGGCAAUGUGUAUUGCCCACCUGGAUUCACAUAGACAAAAAGUUCAGCGAGUGCUGGGUUUUGAUGCCUUGGACUUCCUAGCACAUCAACGACAGGGUGAUCGCGGUAUGUUGGAGGCGACACUGGAAGCCAUGGAGCGCAUGUCUGUGGAUGGUGAAGACGCUAUAGCGAAGAGAAUAGCGAUUUUGUUGCGGCAUCUACUCUUCAUCGAGUCAGAAGCCGCUGCUGGAGUAGUAUGCAGCUAUCGCUCGCAAUCAGAACAGCAAGCUGAGGAGGCUGAAGAGCUGGGGUGUGGUGGAACGACAACCGAUGGUGACAACAUCCUAAGAAUUCAUAUUCCCUACUUGGGAGGGAUAGUGAUUCGACGAGGUUCCGACAUGCCUGAAGGACUAGCAUGUGCGUUUGGAGAAGACGGCCAACCUUUUGAACUAGGUUCCGUUGAGAGCUGGGGCUUGCAAGGCGUGGAUACCGCAUUCUUUGACAAUCUUCUUCGAGGGGCGGGUGAGUCUGAAUCUGCUGUGUUUGAACAGCCAUAG